AUGUUGUUCGAUCUUCAAAUAGCAGAAUAUCGUUCAUCCACUAAUACUCAAUCUACGGCAAUAUGUCUUCCUGGGAUAGAUCAUCAAACUUUUUCUAAUAUUAACGAGCUUAAAAAUCAUGUAAUUACUCGUUCGAAUUCAUAUACUUUUAUUCUAUUAUUGGAUUUAAAUGAUCAAAAUUCACAUGUAGAUUUAGAAGAUCUCAGAAUACAACGUCAUAUAUUAGCUAUUUUUAUAUGUAUAAAUCCGAGAUCUAAUUUAAUAUUUCAUGGUGAUAAUGUUUAUCCUGUUGUCAAAGAACUUAUGGCAUAUAAAAUUAAGUCAAGUGUUGUUCAAUUUUUUGAAGAUGGAUAUAACAAAUUACUCGCAUUGAAUCAAGUAGCUCCUGCAUUUAUGUUUAAAGAGAAAGCUAAAUUUUUUAAACAACAACGUUUUAUCAAUGGAAAGAUCAAUGCUUGUCAUGUAUUAAUUAUUCCAUUGAAUACAAAUGAUGAAAAUUUAUUUGAUUUUCAAGAACGUCUUAUACAUUUAUGUUAUGAUUUAUGUGGUGAUUAUGAACCAAGAAUUUGUACAAUUUAUGAUUAUUUAUCAUCAAAUACAAGUAGUAAUUUUUAUGAAAAUCCAUAUGCAGAUAUUCUUUGUAAUUAUGUAAAAAAUCUUUCACCAAUUCGAGUAUAUCUCAUUGGAAAUGAAACGUUUAUUCCAAAUUCAGUGAGUAAAUAUUUCUUUGAAAAUGAAUCAAAUGAUGAUACUGCAGAUGAAUAUGGUACAAAACCUACUUUUAUUGAAAAUGAACCGAUUAGUGAAUUUAUUCGACAAAAUUUAGCAAAUAUACUUAAUAGUACACGAUCAUUGACCAAUGAGAUAAUACAACGAUUAAAUGAAAUUGCAAAUGAUAUUAGAUUUCCUGCUGCUCUUGAACGUGCUAAUGUUACUAUUCAAGGACGUGAAAUGGUUGCUGAUAUUCAAUUACAACAACAAGCUAUAGCUCGUUCAGAAAGUCCUAUUGAGUUUAGUGCAUCAUUUCAUUUGAUUACACAAGCUCAAUAUGGUACUAUGGAGUGUAAUGAUAAUGUUAGUGAUGGCGAUAUUAAUAAUGCGAUUCAAUCUGAAUCUAGACGAUUUCUAUCCUAA